AAUUUUUCGAACAGCUGGUUUUGUUUAUGUUCUUUAAAAUUACCGAUUAUCUCAAAAGUACGGGUUCAAAAUAGUGAAGAUUGCACCGAAUUGACAAAUUAACCCUCUAGCAAGCAGAAGAUCAAGAAGAGUUCCCGAAACACGAUAUAUUUACCAAACAAACACUAAAUUUUCUCCCGAGAAAAUCUCGCUUACGAUGACAUCUCAGCUGUCAGCUGCCAGCCCAACUCCGAAAUUCCGAAUUACAUCCAUGACUCAAAAAUACUCCGAAUAAAACGAAUGCGCAGCUUUUGAUUGGUGUCAAACACCUUUGUAAAAUGUUGUUUUAUUAUUUUCUUAAGCAUUUAUCGAAGCCCAGUGCAACCAAGUCCGUGAAAUAAUGCCCGACGACAAUGCAGCAAGUGUUUACGCGCUGGUCGGCACACUAUGCGAGUCGUUGAUCCGUGAAUGUACCCCGAAUGAGGCGAGGACCGAAACAUCUGCACGGCGGCUGAAGGCGAAGGCCUAUGAGAUCCUGUUGAAGAAAUCCCAAAAACGGGUGGAGGUCAAUGAGGAUGACGUAGACCCACUUCGGGAGCUGGACGUGAAGAAGUUUGAAUUGCAAAUCGGAUCCAGGUUCAAUGCGGAACGGCAGGCGGCAUGCGUGGAGUUUGGCAAUUGCCUGAAUUUUAUCCAAGAGGAACCGUACUUCAGGACGGAGACCGCCAAGGCGAUUUUAACGUUUUUGAAUGCAGUGGGCGAUGCAAAUCGGCCGGCGGACGACGAUGGUGAGGCGGAUAUGCAUCUGCUCAUCCCUGGCCCAUUUACCUUGCAUGCAAACUUCAGCGAGAUCUCACAUUAUCCUCCGGUGCCCAGCAAUACUACAUCUCUGGCUACAACUUUCAAAAGUUUUCAAUUACUAAAGAACUAUCAGAACAUCUUGUAUGAACCUCAGUUCAGAUUUCCGGAUGAAUUAAGAUCCAUUUCAAGAACUGAUUCAACAUUUAGUUUUUUGACUAGCGCACAAAAGCGACCGUCAGCAAUAUCGUUGAGUAAUUGCCAAGAAACAUGGAAGUGUGGCUUAAAUAUAAACCCAUCAUCAUAUCGAUUUUUCAACCUAACAUCACCAUCGCCACCAAGUGUAAGGACUGAUGUUACGAAGAAGAUCCAAUCCACAACUUGCAAAAGCGUCGCGUCUUCUUCCAACCUCUUGCCAAUACAAAAAGCCAGUAUACAAACAUUGAACUGGAGUUGGGAAUCUCUAGGGGACGUGGCAUCUUUAUCCUCAAGCUUUGUUUCAGAAGUGGAAGCAAUUCUCCACUUGCAUGGUGCCAGAUCGAACAAAAUGGGGCAGAAUUUUGAAGCGAAGAUUGUGCGUUUUGAUCGAUUUCUUGCGGAUCUCAAAAAUGUCACCAUUGGUAUCCAAUCGGAUUCGUUUAAAUGCGAUGAAGUUAUGAUAUUCCAUAUGGAAGCGAACAUAACAAUAGCAGAUGUCUCACCACUAGUCAUGCAGAAAUUCGUCUUGCCAUUCCUCGAAUGCGGAUCAUGCUACAAAAGAUUGCAGUUGAUGACGGCGAAGAAAAAUCUGCCAUUCCUAUUUGAUGGAUUUAUUUUCAAAGCAACUUGCAAUGCUAUCGAGGAGUACCUCAUCAAAUUUCGGCAAUUUGUAGUUCUCUUCGAGGAUCGUACUCUUCUGGACUUCCACAGAAGAAUGAAGAAAAUGAUGAAACAAAUAACAUAUUUUGCUCAUAUUUUUGCUAUUCAUCCGGACGUUGAGGUAGAUGUACGACCUCCGGUAGGCUCACAGUUCCUUGGAUAUCUCUACAAAGAAAUUACAAACACAACGCAAAAAGACAUCAUUAUGCUUUUGGUGUAUAUUCUCAAGCAAUGUUGUUACGCAUAUUUCAAAUAUCUACAAAAGUGGAUUUUCCAUGGAAUGCUGGACGAUCCCCGAAACGAGCUAUUCAUUUGCUUUGUGGAUCAUUAUCGAGCCAACACAAAGUACUUUUUCGACAAGGCCUACUAUGUUCGAAAAGAAUCUGUACCUGGGUUUCUACAAGGACUAGAGGACCAAAUUUUACAAUGUGGAAAGUAUACGAUGUUGCUGAGGGCAUAUAAUCCAUCGCAUCCCAUCUUCUCUCUGGAGUAUCCACACAUAUCUGUUUGCCUUUCAUUCGAGGAAAUUCAAGCUAUGGAAGAAAAUUGUCAAGAAUAUUUGAAGAAGGUGCGUACUCUUUGCGGCAAACCAAUUUCUGCUGGAGAUAUCUUUAAAGAACGCAAAGAAGCGCGAAAGAAAUUCCAGGAAAUGGUAUUGGAGAAGAGUCGUAUUAACUUCGAAAAAUGGACAGCCGACUGUGAAAGCAUCGCCGCCGAAGAAACCGCACGCAAGCGAAAACGUCUUGAAGACCUUCAAGCUCACUUGAAAGCUGUUCGCGAGCGAAAAUUAGCAGAAAAGAAAAAUGAACUCGCGUUAGAUUUAAAAGUUCAAAAAGAAGCACAAGAUAUUGAAGACAAGCGAAUGGCCGAGGAAAAUGUUGAAAUUCAGAAGAGGAUUGAAUACUAUCAACAAUUGAAUGCGAUCAUCGAAGAACGAAAACAUCGUGCCGAAGUUGCCGUAUCGUCGUCAAAUGUUCGCAUCGAAACUGAUCCACCAACUCCAGUUAGCACCACCACUGAUUUCGAGUCAUGUCUAGGUGACGAAGAACCGCUAGACGAGGAUAUCAAGUCCUUAUACGAGGAUGCAUCUAUGUCUGGUGACUUUUUAGAACAAUUUCUUGAGACUGAAAGGAAAUUGAACGAAUAUCUCGCUGACACUGGUGAUCAGAUAAACGAGAAUAGAGAAAUAAAGAGAAGUGUAUCAGAUGUCCUUAACUCUAACGAAGUACCAACCUCAGAUUAUCAAGCUAAUAAAGCAAAAAUACUUGGUUCCACGAUGUCAGAUUUCCUUGGCGGUCGUGACCUCCCAAAAACGACAACAACUGUUACGCCUCUCACCGAGGCACAAAAAAUCAAGAUGAAGGUCCUUUCAUCUGAAUUCGGAAUCGAUGUCAAUCGCAAUGAAACGGAAAGUGACACAAAAACCACAGCCAGAACUACAACAUCAACAACAAUUUCCGAUGUGGAAAGAAAUCGUCGAAAAAUGAUGCAAAACGAUCCUUUCGCCAAACUGAACGAGGAGCCUGAACGUCGGAAACUGCAAUUAGAUCUCGAUUCUGAUCUCUCCCGCAACAGACGACGCGUUCUAGAAAGUGAAUACAACAUCAUUACUGGUUUGUCAACUAACUCGGAUUCCACUCCGAUGUCAACAACAUCUGACUCGCCAAUGGUGGAUGACCACGAAGAGGAUGUGAAAAAUGCAAACGUUUUGAAACUCAUAGUUCCACCGCAUCCGAUAGAUAAAUGGAGCAGCGUUAAAACGCCAGAUAUGGAUAUGCCGACUGCUACCACCAUUGAAGAAACACCGGAAUGUGGGUUAAACACGGCUGGCGUUAUGACUAAGAAGGGGUUCAACUUUCAUAAAGUGGGCCAAGAAGGUGGGAAGGUCCCUGUUGUUAUUGAUCUCGAAUCCAAGGAGCUUUCAUCAGUUCAUUCCAGUGACAAUUUGAAAGCAAUAGAAUCUCAAAAUACUGAGCACUUCAUGCCUGCAUUCAAGUGGAAGCUUGUUUCGGAUAUAUUGUCGCUGGAAAGGACGAAAAAAUCGGAAAACAUAAACUAUUUAAAAGGAAAGAAAGUGAACGAUUUGAAUGUUAUUACGCUUACUGAAUUCCUGCAGAAAUCGAUCGUUAUUCCACUUUCAGCUCAUCUGGAAGUCAUGAAUUGCGAAAUAAUGAGACUCUAUUUGAAGGAGCUUGAUAUUUUGGGCCACUUCAAGAGCCUGCGGAACUACUUCUUUCUCAUGGACGGGGAAUUCGGUAGUAUAGUUUGUGACGGGCUCAUAAGUAAGCUCGAAAGUGGGGCACAACCAAAUGAAUUGCUCAGCUAUCGAAUGCUUCACACAAUUCUCGAUAAUGCCCUGAGUUCGAGUAAUAGCGGAAAUGAUAAAAAUGCUGACAAUUUGUCUUUUGAAGUCCACGAAUUGCCUGAAAAGUUCGAUUUGUCUUCAUCUGAUGUUCUAUCGAGUCUCAGUCUGAGCUAUCGGGUUUCCUGGCCAGUGAAUUUAAUUCUCAAUCCAGAGACUUUGGAUAAAUACUCAAAUAUAUUUAAGUAUCUGAUAAAAGUGCGGAGGAUAAGUUGGGUGCUGGAGGAGUCAUAUCAAAAGCUCAAGGAGAUUGUGAAGAAAAAUGGAAAAGAAAUGCUCCUGUCACCACAAUAUCGAAGCGUUCAGCAGAUCCGUCAUAAAUUCUUCCAAUUCAUCCACGCGUUGAAUAAUCAUAUCACAUCGAAUGCGUUGCAAGCAUCGUGGAAGACCUUCAAAGAUGACUUAGUGUCAGCUAAAUCAAUUGAAGAUAUUUAUCGCAAACAUACAACGUACGUAAAACGGAUCCUCUUUCUCUGCAUGCUGAACAAGAAAAGUGUGGAAUUUUACAAUGCCAUCGAAAAUAUUUUCAAAGUCACGCUGAGAUUUAGCAGGAAUCUGAAGUCGCGUGAAUGGAAGCGUCGGGCUGGUGACGAAUUUUACACACAUUCGCGGUACGAGCGACUUCUCACCGAUGAAACAGAAUUCGAGAAGUUGAUCAAAUACACAAUAUAUUUAGGCAAUAAAAUCGUCCGUCACGGAUAUCAGGAAGAAAUAGGCGAAUUCAUCAAUCUUAUUAAUUUUAAUCAAUACUAUCUCGUCGAUAUGUGAACAUAACGCCGUGAUAGUUAGGAGGAAAUUGUUCUUCGUGUUUUGGAACUAAUGUAAAAGUCGAUGGGCUGCGCGUUAUGACUCCUGAAAUUCAGAAGUUUUGUUACGGGGGUCGUAGGCGAAGGAGAGGGAAGCCAUCUAGAAAAAGUAAGAGAGAUUUAUAUCGAAGUUAUGAUAUUUUGCAGAAGGCUUAAUACGAAUCAUUUUCUUAAGUACCUGUUUAACUAUAUUAGUUAGCACAAAAAUUACGCUGUGUUAUCACCGAAUGUAUAUAGCUAAUAUCCUAAUUGAAAUCUGUGUAGUAUAUGCAUUGUUCUGAAAAUAUACAGAGAAAAGAUAUUAUUGAAUGGCAAUUAAAA